CUACGCCCACCACACGGGAGGCGCGAACGCAAAGCCACAAACGACGCCCCCACAUCCCACCGGCCGCCAUGGCCGCCACCGCAGCUGCCGCUGCCACAGCUGGAGGCUUCCUCAACCUCGCUCCUUCUCGCGUGCCAACUACAUCCCCAUAUUGUCCUCUCUUCGGCACCUCCUAUGGGUGGCGCUCGCGGCGGCAGCUUCGUCUUUGUCCGCUGCUCGCGGCGUCGUCGGUGGCCGCUGGGGAAGCGUCGUACACGGAGCCAGAGGAGGCGCUGCUGGAGGCCCUCGUCGGCGUGCAGGGCCGUGGCCGUGCCGUCGCGCCGCGCCAGCUCCAGGAGGUGGAAAGCGCAGUUCAGACUCUGGAGGCACUCGAAGGUGUGCCUGAUCCGACCAAUUCGAGUUUAAUUGAAGGCAGCUGGAAGCUCAUAUUCACUACAAGACCAGGGACGGCAUCUCCCAUUCAGAGGACAUUCGUUGGAGUUGACUCUUUCAGUGUAUUUCAGGAAGUUUACCUUAGAACAGAUGAUCCAAGGGUGGUGAAUGUUGUCAAGUUUUCAGAAACAGUUGGUGAACUGGCAGUGCAGGCAGAAGCAACUAUUAAAGAUGGGAAACGCAUUCUCUUCCGUUUUGACCGAGCAGCAUUCACCUUCAAGUUCUUGCCAUUUAAGGUGCCAUAUCCAGUGCCAUUCAGGCUUCUUGGAGAUGAAGCAAAGGGUUGGCUUGACACUACAUACUUAUCUCGUAGUGGGAACAUACGUAUUUCAAGGGGAAACAAGGGAACCACAUUUGUUCUCCAGAAAAGUGCAGACCCAAGGCAGAUGUUGUUGUCAGCUAUAUCUGCAGGAACUGGAGUAAAAGAGGUUAUAGAGCAUCUUGCUUCAAGCAGAACAGGGGUUGAGGCUGAUCUGAAUACCCUAGCAGGAGAAUGGCAACUGUUGUGGGCUUCACAGACUGAAGGUGGAAGCUGGUCAUCGGUCACAUCUGCUGGUUUCAAGGAUUUCCAGACCAUAAAGGAAGAUGGGCAACUGAAAAAUUUGGUGAACCCCUUUCCAGGUGUCAGCCUCAGUGCAAAAGGCAACAUAUGCAAAUCAGGGAAUAGCAAUACCUUUCGCGUGUCCAUGAAUGAAGGAGCUGCUCAAGUUGGCGGCGUACAGUUUCCCAUGGACACUCGUGGAGAAUUUGUCAUGGAGAUCUUGUACAUUGACAAUAAGAUAAGAAUAUCUAGGCUCAACCAGCAUGAGCUUGUUCAUUUACGCAUUGCAAGUAGAACAUAGAUACCCAGAUAAAGGAUAUGUGCACAAAUUGCUUGAGUUGAUUGAUUGAGCACAGAUUGGUCAAAUGUAAGUAACUCAAAAUGGUUGGCUUCCUUGAUGUACACGUUGUUGUAUAUACUAGUGCAACACUCAGAAUUAUGUAAUUAUAGAU